CCACGCCGUCGACCUGGCCUGGCUGAGGCCCGCGCGGCUGGCGCUGCACACGGCCGGCUACCUGAUGGGGGACCUGGAGGCGGUCAUCACGCAGGCCAAGGGCUCUGCGCUGGUGCGGCUGCAGGACUGGUGCCGUCACUGCCUGGUGCCGCCGCCGGCCCGGCCCCCCACUCUCUGCCUGGAUGCCGAGGACAUCGAGGCUGCUCUUGCGUUCGUGCGGGCUCGUCAGGCGGAGAGCUCGGGCGCCCCCCAGAUCCCCGACACGCGCUGGCUGGAUGUCGGAGGGAUGGUGGAGGUGAAGCAAGAGAUCGUGGACCUCAUCCAGCUGCCUCUCUCUCGGCCCGAGCUGUUCGCCGGCGGCGCCACCCGCUCAGGUGUGCUUCUGUACGGCCCGCCGGGGACGGGCAAGACGCUGCUGGCCAAGGCGGUGGCCACCGAGUGUCAGUUGAACUUCCUCAGCGUCAAGGGGCCGGAGCUCAUCAACAUGUACGUCGGCCAGAGCGAGGCCAACGUCAGAGACGCUGUCCCCGGAUGUGGACCUGUCGGCGGUGGUGGCGCGCCUGCCGCAGGUGGUGACGGGCGCCGACGUGUACGCCCUCUGCGAGCAGGCCACGCGCGCCGCCCUCGAGCGGGCCGUCCAGAUGGUGGAGCGAGGUGAAGCUACGCAGGAGGCGGCCCCCAUCCAGCUGCUGCAGUCGGACCUGCUGGAGGCUGCCGCCGGGCUGGCGCCCUCGCUGGGGCCGGACCAGCUGCGCCAGUACCAGCUGCUGCGCCAGACCAUCGAGGGAGGGCGCUGAGCUGCUGGGGCGUCAGUGUCAGUUGCUGCGCCAGUGUCCGCCGCUGCGCCAGUGUCAGCCUGUGCGCCAGUGUCAGCUCCUGCGCCAGUGUCAGCCGGUGCGCCAGUGUCAGCUCCUGCGCCAGUGUCAACCGGUGCUCCGGUGUCAGCCGGUGCGCCGGUGUCAGCUCCUGCGCCAGUGUCAGCCGGUGCGCCAGUGUCAGCUCCUGCACUAAUGUCAGCCGGUGCGCCAGUGUCAACCUGGUGCGCCAGUGUCAGCCGGUGCGCCGGUGUCAGCUCUUGCGCCAGUGUCAGCCGGUGCGCCAAUGUUAGCUCCUGCGCUAAUGUCAGCCGGUGCGCCAGUGUCAACCGGUGCGCCAGUGUCAACCGGUGCGCCAGUGUCAGCCGGUGCGCCGGUGUCAGCUCCUGCGCCUGCCGAUCCCGGGCACCGUAUGACUGCUCAGAGCGUGGCGUGGCACGAAAGUGGCCUCCGAGCUCCAGGCGUCGCACAUUACGGCACCGAAGUCCCGUCUGCCGGGAGCCGGGAACCGGGAGCCGGGAGCCGGGAGCCGGGAGCCGGGAGCGGGAGCUGCUGCGGGGCUGGGAGGACGCUGCCCGGUCUGGUGACUGCUGACCUGAUGCUGGGUGGGCUGCUGAGCCGGGAGCGGGAGCUGCUGCGGGGCUGGGAGGACGCUGCCCGGUUUGGUGACUGCUGACCUGAUGCUGGGUGGGCUGCGGAGCCGGGAGCGGGAGCUGCUGCGGGGCUGGGAGGACGCCUGCCCGGUCUGGUGACUGCUGACCUGAUGCUGGGUGGGCUGCUGAGCCGCCUCGGUGGAGACGCGGGAGACUGGCGCCGGCAGGCGGGACGAGCCCGGCCCAGAUGUAAUGACGUCAUUGCUCCGUAUUGUCCCUGUUUGGACUAAACGCUGCUCACCGGUGUGUUUAUACGCAUAUGCAGCUGGGCUGGUAACGAGCGCGGUACACGGGCUUGUAGUCUAGCUAAUUUUGGCGGAUCUUGAAACAUAUCCCAUUGUCGUUAUGUUUUGGGAAGUCGUAACCUCUAUGCAAUCCUACUGAACACAUGUACGCUCGCGACAUUAAGGGUGUGUGUUACGGGUGUUCGGAGGGGAAUAUGGACAGUAUGUGUUCCGUUCGUCGGCUCAUGGCGUUCCGGAAAGCUGGCUGUAGGUCGGUAGGGAAAUGGAAAGCAGUAGCGUCGCUGAAGAGCAGUGGACAUCUGCUUUUGGGUGGAUGGAGGGUGGAGCGGAGCUCUAAGCACCGGGAACUGUCGGUUAUUGGUCGGUGGACCUUUCAGGUUUCCAGAAUUGCCGCCUUAUCAAACUAGAAGGAUAGUGGGUUAUUUCUUGUGUUGUCUGUAUCGGACAUUUCCAAAGUACUUUCCUCCUGUAAUGAGCCCUGCAUGUCAACCACUUUCCGAUUGUGUCGUUGCGAGAUUGGAUUGAGGGGGAUAAAAGCACUGAGCAAUAGAAAAAGUCCAGGGACGCCAAGCCACAUGAGGGGCGACGCAACAGGAUCCUUUGAGCGAGCGAGCGAGUGACAGGCAUCGCAUGUACUUUCCAAGACGCUGCCAGUUGUAAAAUCGUUCGAUUGCAUUGUCCUUCAAGCAGAGGUCGGACUCAUUUCUUGCCAGAAGACCAGUCAGUCAGCCUUCAUUGUCCCACUUAUACGAUGGACAGCUGAGCUGGAAUGCCGGCCAGAGCGCGGCGGGCUCAGGCAUACGCAGCUUGCAGAGACCGAAGCCUAAUUUGGGUCUGUUGGGUAAGCUGCCGGUCUUGAUACGCCUUGCAGACUCGGUUGCGUGUGAUAUUGUUGUGGCACUGUGCAGUUACCUCCGCCCCAAGCCCGGGACGCCUACCGUGGUCUGGCGCCCUCGGUAGGUGAAUCCAGCCUCGUGCCAUGAAUCCUACCGUUCAUGCGGCCCUCCGUUAGCAGCCGUACGGUAGUUUUUGGAUGUCAUGGUUUAGUCAUCGCACAGACUUUGUACCGUUUUAGUGCAUGUUUGGGACAUGUGUAUCAAUAAACAACGAAUG